AGUUAUGGCUGCCACCACACUGAUCCAAACAGCCCACAAGAUUUUCUCCUUGAAGGGUGUUUUCCCUGCAAUAACAACACCUUUCAACGACAAGCAAGAGGUUUACUACAACAAGCUUCAUGACAACCUUCAGUAUUAUGAGAAACUACCUUUUUCAGGCUACCUUAUUAGCGGGUCCAAUGGAGAGGUUGCCGCCAUGACCAUAGACGAGCGACUGCAAGUCCUCAGAAACGUGCGACAGUCCAUCGAUCCUCGAAGAAUGAUCAUCGCAAACGCUUACUGUGAAUCCACUCGUCAAUGUUGUGAGUUGGCCAAGACGUUAGCUCGCCAUGGAGCGGACGCAAUUCUGGUCAUGAUACCUUUCUACCAUCGCAGGUCACUUAGUGAAGAGGCAGUCCUGGCCCACUUCAGGGUUGUGGCAGACAGUUCACCAGUUCCUGUCAUCAUAUACAACAAUCCUGGUGUCACUGGUAUGGACAUAAGUGUAGAUACUAUCAUCAAGCUGGCAGAACACCCUAACAUCAAGGGCGUCAAGGAUGGAGAUGUUGCCAAGAUAGCUUCAAUUAUUAAAGAAGUGAGAAUCAGGGGUUUUGACUUUGAAGUUUCUCAAGGAGCAGUAGGGUAUUUUUUGCAGUCUUUGGUUGUAGGGGCAAGCGGAGCAAUAGCAGCACUACCAAAUAUUUUGGGCCGUGAAGUUUGUCAUUUGUACCAACUCUACAAAGAUGGAAAAAUUGAUGAUGCCAGCAAUCUUCAGCUUAAACUUACAAGGAUAGAUGAGCUCCUUAAGUUGUCCAACUUGGGAGUGGCAGGGAUGAAAGGAGCCUUAGACGUUGUGGGACUCUAUGGAGGGCCUUGCAGACUUCCCCUACAGCCUCUUCCCCCACAGCAACUCAAGAGGAUCAGAGAUGCCCUUGUCGAAGAGGACUUACUGUAAAACCCACAUUUUCUUCCUUAAAAUUAAAUAUUUUAAAAUUUCCACUGAAGCCGAGGUAAAAAGACUCAAUAAAAGUUACUUUUGUCUUUGCAUCAUGAA